AUGGUUCAUUACAAAUUAGUCUAUUUUAAUGCUCGUGGCCUCGCUGAGAUUUCCCGACAAUUGUUUCAUUUGGCGGGAGUGGAAUAUGAAGAUCAUAGAAUCGAAGAUCAAGAGUUUGCCGAGUUGAAACCAAAUCUUCCAACUGGACAAGUCCCCAUUCUAUAUAUUGAUAAUGUUCCAUUCUCCCAAUCAACAGCAAUUGCUAGAUAUUUAGCAAGAAAGUUUGGUUUUGCUGGGAAGAAUUCAGAAGAAGAACUGUUAGCUGACGCUAUCGUUGACACUUUCAAGGACUUUAUUGAAAGUUUCCGAACAUUUGUAGUUGGUGUUUUGACAGGAGAAUCAGAGGAAAACAUGAAAAAGAUUCGCGAAGAAGUGAUGAAACCGGCAGUGAAAACAUAUCUCACUUAUUUGAAUAAGAUUUUGGAAAAGAGUGAAUCAGGAUAUUUGGUUGGAAACGAGUUGACGUGGGCUGAUUUAGUGGUUGCUGACAAUCUGACAACAUUGAUAAAUGCUGAAUUUCUUGACUUGAAAAAUGAAAAGACUCUGGGAGAAUUUCAUCGAAAAAUAUUGGAAACUGACAAGCUGAAAGAAUGGUUAGAAAAGAGGCCCGUCACUAGAUUCUGA